UCGGAGUUGCAGCAGACCACUUCCGGUAAAGUUACCCGCGAAAAUUGUGGAAGAACUGUACUUGUGUGUAAACCAGUGUUGAUAAAUAAUGAUUAUCUAAUUUCGACUGAUUUUCCAUCUACCAAGACAAGAUGAAAGACCCAGGUCUGUAUGCAGAGGUUCGGGGUAGGGUCAAAUACAAGGGUGUGGGGUCAUACAUUGGCGACUACAAGACAGGCAAAAUGGUAGUGGCACCCGAAGGUGUCCAUUGGAAGUGUCAACUUUGGAUCAACACCAAGAGAGAAAGUCCAGUUGUCAAUUUGCAAAUAAACGAUAAGAUAAAGAGUCUGAUCAACCGACCCGACCGAGUGAUCCUUGACUUAGCCACCGGCUACAACAUUUAUGUGAUAGCAGACCAAAGUGACCUGGCGCACCUCAAAAAGGUGCAGGAAUUGCUUUGCAAUAUCAAACAAGGAAAAACAGUUCAUGUGAGUGAAAACAAGGCUGAAGUUGGUGGCCACAAGAACCAUGUGUUGACAGCUAGUAAUGUCUCACCAAGAACUAACUCCCCAGAUGUGUCUCCAGUAUUCACCAGUGUCAAGGAAAGUAGGGGCUCUAAUGGAGACACUAGCUCUUUAGGACAGUGUCUCUUUGAAGACGAUGAUAUGGAUUCAAAGGAAAAUUAUCACAGUGGUCCAAGGCGGUCUGCUGAAAAGUUCCUCAAGCAAGGUCAGGAGAAGUGCAGGGAGACGCUGAAGUCAUUUGCAGCCUCUGGAUUCUACAGUAGCACUCCAGCUUCACAGAAAAUAUAUUCCAGGACCUAUGAAUCAUCUGCGUCAGUAAAGAGACCAGGGAUGAUGCCACUUAAUCCAACUCCACAAAAACGACCCCGGCUGUUGUCUGACCUCAACUAUUCCUGGGGAAAGAAAGGCAAUCAAGACUCCAAUAACCAACAGCAGUCGCUACUGGGAUUCUCCAACAUCGGUAACACAUGUUACAUGAACGCUAUCCUACAGUCCCUGUUUGGGUUGAAUCCUUUCAGCAAUGAUUUGCUCUACUCCUUCAAGAAGAAAGGACGGUCUUUCUCACCCAACUCUCUGUACUGCUCAUUGGCAAGGCUUGUCAAGAUUCAAAGAAGACCUGGGUCAUCUGAUUACAACAAAAGGGAACUACUCCGCAAUGUGAAAAGUGCAAUAUCAGGAACUGCCAAACGCUUCUCAGGGUACCAGCAACAUGAUGCUCAUGAGUUCCUCAGUCAAGUCCUUGAUCAGCUGAAGGAAGAAAUUGUCAAAUUUAACAAAUCAACACCAAGUCCAACAAGAGACCCAUCAGAAGACAUUGAUCUUGUUAACCCAACCCUCGACAAUUUUGAAUUUGAAGUACUGCACACGAUAACAUGCCUGAAAUGUGAUGAAGAGGUUGCCAAGUCCGAGCAGUUCAAUGAUUUGUCCUUGGAGAUGCCACAAAGAAGUCACCAAGGUUACCCCAAGUCUCUGCAGGAUGCUUUAGAUGUGUUCCUGCAACAAGAAGAAAUUGAUUACACAUGUGCGAAGUGUGGUCACACCAAGUCUAAAGUCAAACACAAGUUCACAAGGAUACCCAGGAUUUUGAUUCUACACCUUAAAAGAUAUGCAUACAGUGCUGCAAUAUCCCUACAUAGCAAGAUGGGUCAGCGGAUAUUCAUUCCAAGCUAUGUGUCCCUGUCCUCUCAUGUUGAUCGUGAUGUCCAGUGCCCUCCACCCAUACCAUGUGUGCUGCCACAGUCUAGUCCCAUGAAGUCCCUGCCAGACUUGGAUGAUCGCAAGGGAGAUCACUCUAGGAGGAAACUUGACUAUACUUCUGACUCAAAGUACACUUUCAAGUCCCUACACAAGCCAGGUGAGGGGAGCACAGACCAAUCAGCCCCUGACACGGAGAGGAGGAGCUCUACAGAUCUGGAAGACAGCAAACUGUUUCCCAGCUUUACAUUGGAUGAAUCUACUGAAGAUGCUGACAUGGCACGUGCCAUUGAGCUAAGUCUACAAGAUGCCAAGAAGCAGGAACAGCAGGAAACUUACAAGGACAGUCCUAGUGAAGAUGAGGACAACAAUAUGAAAGAUGAUGUGAUGGAGAUUAGUCAGCUUCCUAAGGCAGGGCAGCAGAUUGACAUCAGUGCCAGUUUUACAGAGACAGACCUACAACAUAUGACAGAAGAGCAGAGGAUAGAAGUUGCAAUUCAGCAGAGCUUGAUGGAGUCUCAGGGUCCAAGCACAUCCCUCAGCACCUCUGACACUGACCUGAGCAGAAGCCUCAUUGUGAAGGAGUGCAGUGGAGCAUUCCUUGCUUCUCAGACUGAUGAACCAGAGUCGGCAUCUCCAGAAUUUCCUCUAAUUAAGCAGAGAGGUCAAUCAAAAAGGGAGAAAGAAAAUGAGCUUGUUAAUGGUGAAAGCAUGACAAGAGACAGGACAGAGUGUGAGUUGAGGGCAGAUGUUGGUGGUGAAACUAGUCAGGGACAGAUGUGUGUCAGUGGGGUAGAGACUGGUGUGGGGAGGGCUGAGGACAGUGGUACGUUUGAUGAGGUUGAUGGGGCUGUGUUGGAGCAGAUAUUCAGUGAAAAUGAGGAGGAUGUGUUUGGUAGUGAACUCUCUGUGAUAAAGCCAUCUGUAAGGAUAACAAAGGAUGAAUUGACUCCAGGAGAAAUAGAGCACAUAUUUGGAGAUGAAUUGAUGCCCAGAUCAGAAUCACAUAAUGAUCGGGAUAAAGAGAAAACAGACAGGAAAAAAACAGCUCUCAGUGAUGAAGUUGUAGAUCUCACAUGUUGGGAGGAAAAAGAAAAUUUGAAGCCUGAGGUUGAGUCUAAUGGUGUUGCAAAACAGGAUCAUGAAUACCCAGAGGAGCCCACUCAAGAGGAGAUCCUAUUGAUCAAACAGAAACGAUCUCAGAAUGAGAAUGGUGUGUUGCCCUGUUCCUACCGGCUGGUCAGUAUAGUCAACCACAUAGGUCACAGCUCUUCAGCAGGUCAUUAUAUCAGUGACGUGUACAACAUGAAGAGGAAGUCUUGGCUCAGCUUUGAUGAUGCUCAUGUCUCUAAACUGCCGGAAACGGAAAUAAAAACCCGUCGAGAAAGAAGUGGAUAUAUAUUCUUCUAUAUGUGCAAGGAGGUGUUCGAGGAGUUGGAGAGUUGACAUACAGCUUCAGUAUUGAGCAAGGAGAGCUAGAAGAAAGGGUGUUUCUUUUUAAAAAAACAUGUAAUUCAUUUGUACAUUGUCCAUGUAUGAGGCUCUAUUAGAUAUAUUUCUACCAAUGUUCAUAAAAUUAUGUUAUAUUUGAUUGAUAAAAUAACUUAACCAUGAUACCAUUA